UGGAGAUACAAUCAAUACAAUCAGAUGUUGACACAGAUUGGAAGAUUUGUAAUGUGGAGAUAUAUGCAACACCAGCAUGUCGUCCAGUAUCAGAAAUAGAGCAUGGUAGUAUUGAGAACUCAACCUCAUGGAUAACCAGCUACACAUGUAACGAGAGAUAUGAAAACGCCACCUCAGCAGUAAAUUGUUACAACCACACAUGGUCUCAAACACCAUCAUGUACCCUUGCAAACUGCGAAGAACCCCCAACUACGGAACAUGGGAGGCGGAAUUUCACAUCUACUCUUGUGCAUUCUAUAGCUGACUAUACCUGCGAUGAGGGCUACCAAAUAUCAAACAUAACUUCUCUGCAGUGUUCCUCAAACGAUUCAUGGGUGCCAUACGAGAGUUAUUUUAACGACGCAUUGAUCUCAUCAUUGACCCUGGUACCAGAAUGUUACAUUGUUGACUGUGGUCAACCUCAGGGGAUAAAAAACGGAAGCCUAGAGUUGCCUAAUGGUACAACAUACAACAGUGUUGCAAAUUAUUCUUGUAAUGAUGGAUUUUACCUACGGGGAAGUAAAACUGUCAUCUGUGAGACCUCUGGUAACUGGACAAGCCAGGGGCAAGUGUGCCAUCCCAUUCCAACGACUAUUGAAACUACGACAACAACUGGAGAUACCAUUUCAACAUCUACUGAUGGAACCAUCAACAACUCAACCACUGAUGGAACCAUCCCGAUAACUGAGGAUACCGCUGCAACAUCUACUGAAACCACCGCAACAACUAAUGGAACAAUCCCAAGAAUUGAUUACACCUUUCCAACAUUAACUGGAACCAUUGCAACAACUGAGGGAAUCAAUCAAUCAACCAUUGAAACCAUGCCUGAAACUGAGGAAACUUCUACUCCAUAUCCAAACAAGACAAUUCAACCUGGAUUUAAGUCAUCGCCAAAAACCACCGUGUCAGAAACUAUGCCUUUAAUUAUUGUAUUUAAAAACAUAGCAGAGGAAAUUGAAAAAGCUGAUGAAUACGUGCCUCAUAAAAGGAUCGAAUAUGAGCCAAGUGAAGCGAAUUAUGCAGCUGCUAUAGCAAUCCCAAUAUGUGUCCCACCUAUUAUCUUUAUCUCAUUGAUUGUUAUUCUAGACCUUCCAAAGCUUAUAAUGGAUAUCACACAGGCUUACAAAUUCGUUGUAUAUGGCACAAAUAAGAAAUCAAGAGAUGGUCAGAACGUUCCCAUAUUCAAGGCGAUUGAAUCCGAAUAAUUUACGGUUAACAUUAGAUGCUUUAAUGUUGAAGGCUUUGCUAAAACGAAAUGCUGUUUUUAAAAUCCACCUAUUUAGCUUAUUUUCGUUACUUGUGACAUAACCGGGCUUCGGUCAUAUUACUUGGUACGAGUUGAUAUUACUUGUGAAAGAUCAGAAAAAUAUGAUUAUUUACAUCAGUACACAUUAAAUUAUUUAUGUUGCAU